CCAUUCCUCAUAUCAAAAGAAGCACUUCAAUCAAUACACAAGCAUCUGCUUAUAAAGUGAUUCAAAAUCAAAAAAAAGUUAGUUUAUACUAGCUAAUUAAUUCUGUUAUCAUUGGCUUCAUCAUCAUAAUGGGUAUUCGUUUGCCAUCUUUGAUAGCCAAUAAUGCAAGGCAAUUCCACAGGCUGCAAUCAGCUGCAAGUAGAAACCACCAUUUUAAUCAAAGAGAGGAUCAUGUGGUUCCAAAAGGCCAUUUCGCGGUUUACGUCGGAGAAAAUAGGAAGCGGUUUGUGCUGCCGAUUGCAUACUUGAAUCAUCCCACAUUUCAAGAUUUGUUGCGAAAAUGGGAGGAUGAGUUUGGGUUUGAUCAUCCUAUGGGUGGCUUAACCAUUCCAUGCCAUGAGGAUGCUUUUCUUGAUAUGAUCACUUCUCGACUUCAUUUCCAGCUUUAGUUAAUUACUUUAUACGGGCUGUUUAGCUAGUUCAAUUAGAAGGCAGCAGAAAGAAGUAGUUUCUGAAGUUUUGAUUAGGAAAAAUUCUUUGGUUGUAUUGUACAUGUAAAGAUCUUCCUCUCUGAUAUUCUUUUUGCAAAUUCAGGCAAAGCAAAG